AUGGAGAAUAUAGCAGACCGUCCAACUUCAGAGCUUGAUCACAUACCCACAGCAUGGCUGCUUACCGGCCUUGUUGUCUUCCCCUUCGUGAUCUAUCAGUUGCUGGGCUUCCUAAGCCCUCUGAUCCACAACCUGACUGCCAUGCGCAUAUCCGAGAUCUACGUAUACCCGAUCAAGUCUCUACGCGCAGUGCCUCUCAACGAGGCCGUUGCCACCCAGUAUGGCUUCGAGCACGACCGGACAUUCAUGCUGGUGAAGAAAAAAGACGACGGAACCUGGACCAACAUGAACAUCGGCCGCUUUCCGGAGAUGUCGCAGUUCCUCCAGGAGUUUGAAAACUACGGCACAAACGACGCUACCAUUCGCGUCACCUUUCGCGCAUACGGAGAUGCGGAUAAGGCCAGGACAAUCCGGAUACCGCUCGUCCCCGAUACGGAGAAACUCGAGCAUUUCGGUGUGGACCUGCUCAGCAGCGCUACUGAUGCCUUCAACAUGGGUGAAAAGUACAGCCGGUGGUUCAGCGAGUGUCUCGGCUACGAGGCUGUCUUCCUCUACGUCGGCGACAACAAGCGGGCCGUCAUAUUCCAAGACAUGCAACCCCUCACACCAGACCCGCUCACCGCCUUCUUCAAGAAGAACAUACCUUUUCUCGGCCGAUAUGUGGAGCAGCUCAUGGGCAUCCGGCAAACCGAGCCAUGGCGCAUCAAGUUCCACGACUGCGCGCCCUUCCUCAUCACCUCCAAGACGUCCCUCGACGACGUGUCUGCCCGCCUCGAGGGCGAGAAGAUGGACAUGACAAAGUUCCGGCCCAACAUUGUCAUCGAAGGCGCAAACGAACCCUGGCAGGAGGACUACUGGGGCAAGAUCAAGAUCAACCAGAAGACGGAGAUGAUCAUGGCACACAACUGCAUACGCUGCCAAAGCGUCAAUGUCGACUACAACACGGGAAAGCCCGGGCUUGGUCCGUCGGGCCAGGUGCUCAAGCGGCUGGCAAAGGACAGGCGGAUUGACCAGGGCGCCAAGUGGAGCUCCGUCUUUGGAAGAUAUACCUUCUGGGCUCCCAAUGCGCCCAAGUCCCAGACGAUCAAGGUGGGUGACAAAGUACACGUGACCAAGGUCAACGAGGGAACGACCAUCUGGAGCUGGCCCGGUCUAGGCUCGAUACCCAAACCAAGCUAG